CAAGGCCCUUACCAAGGCAGACGAGGAGGACAACUGGCGCCGCAAGGAACCAGCCUCCAAGCCCGUCCCACCUCCCGCACCAGCCCCACAGGCCAAGGCUGCGCCACCGCCUUCGGUCAACGCAUGGGAUUUGAGAAAGAAGCAGCAGCCAGCCCCAGCAGCGUCCGGCUCAAAGGAGCGUCAACAGCGGCCUCGCAACCCGCCGAGAGCAAGGAACCCAAGCCUACGGGGAAGAAGCCGAAGAAGAAGGGCGCUGAAGCACACAACGGCACUGCGACUGCGUGGCCCGAAGUUUCUCAGGCUGCCGAGUCCAAGUCUGAGGACAAGCACGGCAAGCCUGAGGACAAGAAGGGCAAAUCUGAGGACAAGAAGGGCAAGCACUCGAAGCAGGCAAGCGAGUCGACGAUCGACGACGGACCCUCAUCCCAAGCCGGAAAGAAGCAAAAAUGGACCAAAAUGUCUGCGUCGGAGCUGCAGGAAGCUGCGGACAAGGUGGCUGCCGAGACGAGCCGGCGGCAAACCAAGCUGAAGCAGAGGCUGCGCGAGGGCGGCGACGAGCCUGUGAAGAAGAGCGUCAGCAAACAGAGGGCACAGGAGAAGCUCGCGGCGCAGAAACCACCGCGCGCUCAGCGGUCGGGCUCGCACGGCAGCUCGUCGCUGCCGCCACACACGAUCGCCAACUCUAAUGGCCGACUGGCGCCUGGGAGUGCUGUCAGUGAGGCAGGCGAUGCUCCGAACGGCGAUUUGCAUCCUGGAGCCAACGGUUCGGCAAGUGCUCCCCUUUCUCGGCAUGGGAGCAACCAGGGGGUGCAAGGCAAGCGGGUCUCGCCGCCCUCGGGGUCCACGCCGCUGUCGCCUGAGACUGGUGCCACUCCUCUCCCGCAUCACUUUGGCCCCGCUGUACCUCGGCGCGGGCGCGACCGCGACGGACGGGGCGGGUAUGCCGGUCGUGGGCGCGGUGCGUACCGCUCGGCGUCCAACACGCCGAUGAACCGAAUGUACGAGCUGUCGCCGGUCGGCACGAACGCAAGUUUGUAUGGCACCGGGUACGGCAUUGGGUACGGGUACUACCCCGUGCCGGCGGCGACUAUGGCCAACAUGGCCAACAUGGUGGCCGUGCCGGGCUUUGAUGCGACCUCGGCACAAGCUCAAGCCCAGUACGCCAUGUACCAGCGAGGGAUGCCCCCGCCGCCGCUCCCCGUCACGGCGGUGCCGAACAUUGACCCGCUGCGCUACUGGGUACUCGGACAGGUCGAGUACUACUUUUCGAUGCAGAACUUGGUCAUGGACUUCUUCCUGCGGCAGCAGAUGGACGCCGAGGGCUGGAUCGACAUCGCGAUGAUCGCGAGCUUCAACCGAAUCAAGACGCUGACGGCCGACGUCGCGACGGUGCGCGAAGUCAUGGCCUUCAGCAGCCUGCUCGAGCUCGAGGGGGAGCGCGUGCGCCUCGGCGGCGGUGAGUGGCGCCGCUGGGUGCUGCCAGACGCCAAGCCUGCCCACGCGGGCUCGCUAAGCCCCGGCAAGAAGAGCGGCGAGACCGAGGUCUCGCAUGGCAUCCCGCCAAACGUAAACUUCACCGACGACGGGGACGGAAGUGCGCUCGGCAUCGAGGACGUGCAGAUCCCGACAUCGCCGGUGCCAAAGUUUGAUGUCGAGGACGCGCUGCUGCGCCGCGGGGGGAGCGCGGCGGUCAGCUCGAGCGCAAGCGUGCUUGCCAGCGACGAGGGCAAGAUGAGCAUGACGCCCGCGACGAGCGUGGCGGAGAACGAGAGCGAGGCGGGCGACAAGUAGGCCCGCCAACCCAUCCCCCAGUUACCCAUACAUUAUUGCAUCAGCACCGUUUCUCAAUUCGUUCUGCGGCUCGCCGCGUGGCCAGCCGAGCAUCCGACGU